AUGGGAUUUUUAGACAGCCAUGCACACACAGCAGUGUCAUCAACAAUCAAUAAGCUUAUUGAGCAGACGGAUCCAAACGGAGAUGACGGAAUUAUGGAGGCGGAAAUCGGAAAUCUUCUAGAUAUGAUUCGUCUUCAAAAAGAUCCGAUCGAAUCCGGACCUACGGAAGCAGCAAGAGCAAUCCGGAAAAAACUCAAGUAUGGAUCAAUAAGCGCCCAGAUAAACGCCCUCAACUUGCUCAACUUGCUAGUGGCAAACGGUGGGGAGGGCAGAAUGGCCCUUUUGUACAAUGACCGGAAGCUUCUAGACAGAAUGGUGAAGACGGUGUCGCCGUACACGGGCGACGCGUCGAUCGACCGCAGAGUCGUCCGCAAAGCGAGAGAGCUUGUUUUGGCGUGGAAGGAGGAGUAUGAGGAUGACGACUCGCGUGAGUCUCUUGCAGAUCUUUAUGGUAGAUGUGGCCUAGGUCGGAAAUCCGGCCGGGUUGCAACCAGAGAGUCAGUUCCAGACUUUAUGAAUGAUGAAGCAGAUGAAAGUUCGGGAUUCGACACUCGGAUCGGGUCUCGUCUGGACGAUGAAGUCGAUGAGGAGUCGGUAGGCGGGCCGUCGGAGUUUAGAGGGUCUUCGUACAGGUCUGAAAAUCCAAAGAGAGGUGUAACUCGCCGGAAAACGAAUAAAGAGUUGGAUAAACAGUUCAAAAUUCCAAGAAUCGAUUACGAGAAGGAAACCCCACGCAUAUAUAAGAUUAUUGCAGAGGCGAAUGUUCUUUCGAUCAAUCUCGAGGACUCGUUGCGCGUUCUUAAGCCGGGUGAAUUGUCGAUUCACUCCGAAAAGGCUAACAAGUGCUUUGACGAGUGUAGAUUGAUCCGGCGGAGAAUCCUCCGGUAUCUCCAGCUUGUGGACAAGGAGGAGCUCCUCAGUGCACUCUUGAAGUGCAACGAUGAUCUUGUUGCGUGCUUAAAACACUAUGCUGACUUAAGUGAGCCUGCUGAAGCCAGAAGAAGUGCUGCUGGAAACGCCGACGCGUCGACAGACGACGAUUCCUUGUCUGACUACGAGACCGACGAGUCGCUGGACGACGGCCUGGGCGCGCAGUUCCGGGACGCCGACAUCGCGCCGAUCGACGCGUCGAACGACCGCCGCGACUCCGUUUCCUCUGACUCGUCUUUGAAACGUGUUCCUGUCAAAUCUGCUGCCCCUGGGCGUCCUGCCAAGCCUCUGGCCUUCCGGGUGAAGCGGGGGAAGAGAGAGAAGCCGGCGGCUGAGCCGUCGGUACGUCGGGAAACCGAAGUUGAUGAUGCUGAUCCAUUUAGUGAUGAUAACAAGGUUGAUAGAGGCAGCUCCUGGAUAUGA